CUCCAGUACCUACCAGUCAGAUGGCCGGACUGUGGCUGUCCGGUACACCCAGGGCAACUGGGAAGGCGAACUGGGCAUUGACCGUGUGUCCAUCCCCAAAGGCCCAAAUGGGACCAUCAUCAUCAAUAUAGCUGCCAUCUUGUCAUCUGACAGCUUCUUUCUUCCUGGGGUCAACUGGCAGGGCAUCCUGGGACUGGCCUAUCCCAUGCUGGCACGGCCUGACAAGUCUGUGGAGCCCUUCUUCAACUCUUUGGUGCAACAGCUGGGAAUUCCUGACAUCUUUUCCCUUCAGAUGUGCGGCGCUGGACUGUCAGCCAGUAGCACAGUGGACCCAGUGGGAGGCAGUCUUAUCAUGGGAGGGGCUGAACCAACUCUGUAUCGGGGGUCAGUGUGGUACACCCCUAUAGUAGAGGAGUGGUACUACCAAGUGGAGGUUUUGAAGCUGGAGGUUGGCGACCAGAAUCUGGACCUGGACUGCAGAGAGUAUAACAUGGAUAAAGCUAUAGUUGACAGUGGGACGACACUGCUGCGUCUUCCUGUCAACGUCUUCAAUGCGGUGGUAGAAGCCAUCAGACGCAGCUCUCUGAUCCAGGAUUUUUCUUCAGGGUUCUGGGAUGGCACCAAGGUUGCAUGCUGGAUGAAGGGAGAGACCCCCUGGAGGUUUUUCCCCAAGCUGUCCAUCUACCUAAGGGCCACAAACACCAGCCAGUCCUUCCGCAUCACCAUCCUGCCUCAGAUGUACAUCCAGUCAAUCACAGACGUGGACGGCACGUUAGACUGCUUCCGUUUCGGAGUGUCUUCGUCAGCUAAUGGCCUGGUGAUCGGCGCUACCGUUAUGGAAGGCUUCUACGUGGUGUUCGACCGCGCCCAGCGGAGACUGGGCUUCGCACUCAGCAACUGUGCAGUGAGCGGUGGGGUGGCUCUGUCGGAGAUCGCGGGGCCCUUCUCAGCAGCGGACGUGGCGACCAACUGCUCUGGCGGUGUGCUGAAAGAGCCUCUCCUGUGGGUGAUCUCCUACGCCCUGAUGGCGGUCUGCGCCCUGGUCCUCAUCAUCCUGUUGCUCUUGCUGGUGCUGCCCUGUCGACGCAGAGAUCGCUCCGGGGAGAUAACGGACGAGUCAUCUCUGGUCCGCCACCGCAUCAAGUGACUGAGAGGAAAUGGACAGGCGGACAGGGUGAACAGGCAGGGGGACGGCCAGCAGAGCCCAUCCACAGCUGUGGAGAAAGGGGUAAGGCUCGGCCCGCACCGAACAAUGACCCUCGGCUCUGAAUGUCUGAAUGACUCUAGACUGCACUCAUCAGGUUGCCCCAUGGACACGGACAGAUCAGCUGCUUCUGGAAGGGAAAAUUCACCCUAAAAGCACUUCUGUUAGUGGUGUAUUUAUAGUUCCAAUGUCUCGUUUGGUCGUGUAUUUUUCUUUUUCACACUGAUAAUUGGUCAUGUCAUAUGUAGGCACCGACACAGAGAAACACAUCCAGCAUAGAAGAAGAACGGGUGCAAUUUCCCCACUGACAGUUGCUUUAAAAUUUCAUAAUGUCAUGUAGCUACAGGGAAGUUUUUUAGAAAUAGGUGUGACUUACCUUCUCAACUGGGAAGACUUGUAAUGCUAUCAGUAUUGCAUACAUAUAACACUGACUCAGUUUAAGUGUAGUUUGAGAGAGCACUCAAAUCAAGUUCAGGCUUGUUCUUUUUAGGGCUGUCAAAAAGUAUUCUGGGAAAUACAGGACAUCACUAACACAAAUAGAAGGGUGAACUGAAGUAUGAAACGCUUUAUCACAAACUAACUCCCUACACACACCAGCAGUGAUGCAUAGCGGUAUGGAAAUAGCUAAGGGUGGAAUUUCUUCCUUACAGACAAUCACAGGACAUUGGGUGGGGACAUAAAUGGCACAAGCUCAACAACCAUUGGCGUAUUCAUGAACAAUUUACAAGUUACUGAUUUUAUUUCCAGGCAAACUGUUGUUUAAUUGUAAAUUUCUAAGGGCAUACAACCUCCUAAAAUGUGCCUUUACAGCUAAUAAUCUGCUACCAACAGAUCUUUUAAAGUUGUAGUUUAACUCUGCGAUCAAUGAAGGAAUGUUUCUGGAGUUAAUAAGUUAAGCUCCAGUCUUCUAUAGAGUCGUGUGUGUGUGGUGUGUGUGUGUGUGUGUGUGUGGUGUGUGUGGGGUGUGUGUGGUGUGUGUGUGUGUGUGUGUGUGUGUGUGUGUGUGUGUGUG